CAAUCAGCUGUUACAGUUAAGUGAUACUCAAAGCAUUCCAUUAUAUAGCACUUCUUUUUGUUUUGUUUAUUAACUUCAUUGAUAAAAAGCAGUUCCAAUUGUUAACUUUCAUUUUGUGAAAUUCUAGUGCGAAAUAUGUUGUCUUCGAAAAGUUUGUCAUUAAUUUCAAAGCAAUUAUGCAUUAACACUAUCAAGAAAGGAUUUAGCACCACAGACAGUGGGAAUGCCGCAACAAAACGAAUUUGUAUAGUCGGUGCCGGGCCGGCAGGUUUUUAUGCCGCACAAUAUUUAUUGAAACAUAUAAGUGACUGUGCCGUGGAUAUAAUUGAAAAAUUACCUGUUCCGUACGGCUUGGUUCGUUACGGCGUAGCGCCCGAUCAUCCCGAGGUGAAAAACGUAAUUAAUACUUUCAACAAAACUGCGGAAAAUAAAGGCUUCAAUUUUUACGGCAACUUAGCACUAGGCAAGGAUAUUAAUUUAGAUGACUUGCGUAAGCGUUACCACGCCGUGCUACUCACAUAUGGAGCGGAUCAAGAUCGGCAUUUGAAUAUACCAAAUGAGGAUAAACCGAAUGUGCUGUCUGCACGAAAAUUUGUAGCGUGGUAUAAUGGUCUACCAGGCGCACAGCAUUUGAAUCCUAAUUUGAGCGGAAAUACUGUUGCUAUUUUGGGGCAAGGCAAUGUGGCGGUAGAUGCAGCGCGUAUGCUGCUCAGCUCAUUGGAUGCAUUGCGGAAAACCGAUACCACUGAGUAUGCGCUGGAAACGCUUGCGCGUAGUAAAGUCGAGCAGGUGUAUUUGGUAGGACGACGUGGUCCAUUGCAGGCAGCUUUUACAAUAAAGGAAUUGCGCGAAAUGCUCAAAUUGCCGAAUGUACAAACGUUAUGGAAACCGGAUGACUUUACAGAUGUAUCUGCACAAAUACCAAACCUACCACGACCUAGAAAGCGUCUUACUGAAUUAAUGUUGAAAAGUCUGUCGGAGCAGCCUCGUGAAAGUAGUAGCAGUAGUGGUAAAAAGCUAUUUUUGCCAAUAUUCUUGCGUGCGCCCAAAGCAAUUGGUGAAAAUGAAGUGGAAUUGACCGUAACAGAACUACAAAAUGAUAUGGCUGUACCAACAGAUAAAACCGAGCAACUGGCAACUGAUUUAGUGCUACGUAGCAUAGGUUACAAAUCUACGUGUGUCGAUGGUGGCAUAUGUUUCGAUGAGAAGAGUGGACGCGUGUACAAUGAGAAUGGUCGCGUUUUGCGUGAUGCUGUUAGUAAAACGGUAGAUGAAGGUAUAUAUGUAGCGGGUUGGUUGGGUACCGGCCCCACUGGAGUAAUUCUAACGACCAUGAAUGGUGCCUUCAGCGUUGCGAAAACAAUAUGUGAUGACAUUUCAUCGAAGAAGUUGGAUACUAGCAUAUCCAAAGCAGGUUUGGAUGCAAAACAAUUACAACGUGUUGUAACAUGGGCACAUUGGCAACGCAUCGAUGAAGCUGAAACUAAAGCUGGUCAAGCAUUGGGUAAACCACGCGAAAAGUUUGUGGAUGUCGAAGAAAUGCUUAAGGUGGCAGGGCUUUAAAUUAUAGCAAGUAGCGUAGCAUAUAAGUAGAAAGUUUAGAACAAAUUUAUAUUUUUCUAUUUCACGACAUUUAUCUUCUCAUAAUUGUUAUGAAAAUAAUGUUGAAUUUGAAAAAGUCAAAAAUUAGUUUUGUAAAAAUUUUUCUGAAAAAAAGAACAAAUGUGUGUAAAAUAAACUACAAAAUUUGAAGUGGUGUAGAAAAUUUGUAAAAAAUUGCAAAGAUAAAGAUUUGGCAAAAUAAAAUUCGCAGUGUUUUUAAGAAAAAUUGUUAUUUUAAAUAAAGUAACAUGGAUUUGGUUAUUA